AUGAUAGAUUUAAAAACUUUUUAGUGGACAAAGAGUGGCAAUACUAUAAAGUAAUAUAAUAAUACUAGUUAUUGAUUUAAUAAAUAAAUAAUUGAUUAUUUUUAUUAAUUUUUAAUAGCUAAUACAAUUAGAGUAAUAAUUAAUAAUAUCCAUUAGGAAUUAUUUAUGAAAUCAGUAAGAAUGAGAAUGAACCAGCCAAAUUUUAUAAAAAUGUAAAAUGUGUUGUUUGUGCUUAACUUAUUGAAGAUAAAGUUUGUAUGGCUUUGGUAACUAUUUCAUUUAUUAUAAUGCUGAAAAUUACACUAAAUCUAUCGAAUUUCAUAAGCAAAAUCUUCAAUAUUUUGAUCAAGAAGAUCUGUUUAUAGGAUUAAUCUAAAUAAUAUUAUAAAUUUUUAAGAUUCAAUUAAAUAUUCUUCAUUUACUUUAUUAUGGACUUAAAAGAGAGAUGA